AUGGAGAGCCGCGGGUUCAUCAAGAUGCUCCGCGACUGUAACGUGUUGAACAAGCGGUUCAACGACGCCGCCGCGGAUAUAAUCUUCACAAAGGUCAAGGACCGCGGCGAGCGCUUCAUCGACAUUCACGAUUUCGCCCUGGCGCUGCACUUCGUGGCGGAGGAGAAGGGAACGACGUACGAGACGCUCGUGGCGCAGAUUUGCGAGCGAGUCGCCACGCACGCCCCGGACGCGCACGGCACCAAGGCGGCGUUCACCAGGCUGCACGACGACAAGGACACGUACACGGGCGCGUAC